GCCGCCCCCCGCCCGGCCCCGGGUCGCGGUCACCCUCCCGCCUCCCCGCCCGCGUCUCCGGCUCUCCCUCGGUCCCACUCCUCCUCCCUCGGACGCCUGCUCCUCCGCACCCCUCCCGUGGGAGCCCCGCGCGUCCCAGCACUUCCCACCCCUACCUCCGCGCGACCAUGGCUACCAUCCCGGACUGGAAGCUACAGCUGCUGGCCCGACGGCGGCAGGAGGAGGCGGCCCUUCGUGGCCGGGAGAAGGCUGAGCGGGAUCGUCUGUCCCAGAUGCCAGCCUGGAAGCGGGGAAUCCUGGAGCGCCGCCGGGCCAAGCUUGGUCUGUCUCCUGGAGAACCUAGCCCUGCCCCUGGGACUACAGAGGCUGGACCUCCAGACCCAGAUGAGUCGGCUGUCCUCCUAGAAGCCAUUGGGCCGGUGCACCAGAACCGAUUCAUUCGGCAGGAGCGCCAGCAGCAGCAGCAGCAGCAGCGCAAUGAAGAGUUACUUGCAGAGAGAAGGCCUGGGCCUUUGGAGGCCCGGGAGAGGAGACCCAGUCCUGGGGAAAUUCGAGAUCAGAGCCCCAAGGGAAGAGACUCAAAAGAAGAGCGGCUCAGUCCCAGGGAGGCCAGAGAGAGGAAGUUGGGGAUAGGGGGAGCCCGAGAGUUGAGCCCCAGAACUUCAGAGGCUUGGGACUGGAGGCAGAGCCCAGGAGAGUCUGGAGACAGGAGCUCUAGACUGUCAGAGGCACGGAAAUGGAGGCUGAGCCCUGGAGAAACUCCAGAGUGGAGUCUGAGACUGGCAGAGCCUGCAGAACAAAGCCCCAGGAGAAAAGAGGUGGUGGAAAGUAGACUGAGCCCCGCAGAAUCUGACAACCAGAAGUUGGAGCUGUCAGAGUCCCAUAAAUGGAGGCCCGACUCUGGAGAGUCUCAGGAACAGAGUUUGGUACAACGGGAGGCAUCAGGGUGGAGGCCCAGCUCAGAAGAAGAAAGAAAAGACUGUUUGGAGGAAUGUAGGAGAAAAGAAGAGAGACCAAUUCCAACACUGGCCUCAGAAGAGAUUACAAAGGUGUCAGAGACCCUGACAAGGGAGGCUCCAGAGAGCAGCUCUGGAGAGGUGGAGGCAGCAGAGCAAAGGCCCGGCCCUGUGGAGGAUAGUGAGAGGGGCCUGAGGCUGACAGAAGGCUGGAAAUGGACCCUGAACUCUGGAAAGGUUCGAGAACGGACACCCAGGGACACAGAGACUCAACCUCAGAAACCCCCAGAGGCUGCUGAGAAGUAUCUGGGGCCUCUUGGUACAGAGGCUGGAGAAGGGGAGGCUGAGAAGGAGAAGGCAGGGGCUCUGAGCAGGCCUCUGAGAACCCUGCAGAACUGUAGCUCUGUGCCCUCCCCCUUCCCACCAGAGGACGCUGGGACUAAAGGCUCUACGAGGCAGGAAGAGGAAGCGGUGGAUCUCCGGCCCCCACCAACAGCCCCUCUGUUUCCCCUACCCCCAGCCCCACCUGCUCCCCAGUCCCCUGGGGAUCCCCUCAUGAACCGUCUGUUCUAUGGGGUGAAGGCAGGGCCAGGGGUGGGGACCCCUCGCCGCAGUGGACACACCUUCACAGUCAACCCCCGGCGGUCUGUGCCCCCAGCAGCCCCCAGCACUCCCGCCACCCCAGCCGCGGCUGAUGUUGCAGUUCCUGGAGUUGGGAAGAAGCGGUACCCGACUGCGGAGGAGAUCUUGGUUCUGGGGGGCUACCUCCGCCUCAGCCGCAGCUGCCUUGUCAAGGGGUCCCCCGAAAGGCACCACAAACAGCUCAAGAUCUCCUUCAGCGAGACAGCACUGGAGACCACGUACCAGUACCCCUCGGAGAGCUCGGUGCUGGAGGACUUGGGCCCGGAUCCUGAGGCUCCCGGUGCCCCCAGCCCCCCGGCGGCCCAGCCUGACGACGACGACGACGACGACGACGACGACGACGAGGAGCUGCUGCUGCUGCAGCGGGAGCUCCGGGGCGGCCUGCGCACCAAGGCCCUGAUCGUGGAAUUGAAGAUCCUGGAGCCCAGAAGAUUGAGAACAGAGAGACCCUGAAAAUGAGCUUGGCAGUGAGGGGCAACCAACAUCUUCCAACCUUCUUUCCUCAUCCUGUUUAUGGGAGCAGAGCUAGUCACCCAAUUUCCACCCUCACCAAAGAUCCCUGGUGUGAGUGUGUCAGACAUGCUGGUGGCAUCCUAGGUGAAUUAAGAAUGAGCAUCACGUCCUGGGGAGGAUCACAGGGCUCACUGGGGCUGGGGUGUAGCACCUCCUCCAUCUCCACACUCUCCCUUCAGCCUUCCUUGACUCCCCACCACCCCGUGGGGGCUCUGAGGAUUUAAGCACUCAUCCUGGACAGCCUGCCCCAUUCCAUUUACAGGCCCCUCUCCUUCGUAUUCCUUAGGGCAUUGCCCCCUUGCUUAUACCUCCUGCCUCCUCCCCUGACCACCAGCCUGGUUUACAAAUCCCAUUAGCUCCCAGCCCCACCUGCCGAAGUCCCAGGUUUACAAGCACACCUAACUGUUGAGUCCAUAUGGAACCCCCCCGCCCGCCCUUUGUCUCUUUGGGGGUGUGGCUUCCUCCACUUUUGCUCAGUAUUACUGUACCUCAGUUGUCCUCAAGAAGGAGAGCUGGGGAUUUUAACCCUGUACCCCCACCUCAUUAUUUAAUUCUGUUCCUUCCAGUGGUUCACAAUUUAAUUGAAUUGCAAGUGGGUGUGGGGUGACUAACAAGGCCCCUCAACCCUUCUCCCCCAUUUCUCCUUCCUUAUCAACUGCCUGUUUGUUUUUUAAGUUUUCCAUAAUAAAACGGAGAUCUCUCCAACUCUC